AUGACGAGCUCGUGCGUUACCACCGGUAGCAAAACCAAAGAUUACAGCAAGCCUGCCCCUCCGUACAUUAUCACUGGUAUCGAUACCAAGGACAACAGCGGUCGUCGGCCUGCCCGUCAAGAUGUCGACGAGUGGUACAGACGCCAGCUCAGUGGAAACCGGAUCCAGCUGACCCUCUUUGUGGAAGCAUUGACUUACAUACAGAGCCUUCCGCCUGAUGACAUACUUUCCUACUUCCGCCUAGCAGGUAUUCAUGCUGCUCCCUGGGCCGGUUGGGACGGUGAACACGUUCCAGACACUGAUCCGCACCACCCCGGUGAUCCGGAGUGGAUUCGUGGAUUCUGCGUCCAUAACGACUAUACUUUUCCGACAUGGCAUAGAGUGUAUAUGACACUUUUUGAGCAAGUCGUGUAUGAGGCCAUGCUGAAGUUCCUGCAAAACACCGACAAUGUCCCAAAAUCGAAGCAGGCUCAGUGGAAAAAAGAAGCCGAGCAAUGGCGCCUUCCAUUCUGGGACUUUGCACGUUUCGCAGAUCUAGGAGAGUUGACUACAGGGGCCAACCCACAAGCACAGAAAGAGCUCAGAUUGCCCAUCCUGUGCAUGAUGCCCCAGGUGAAGAUCCUGAAGUUCAAUAGUGCGGGCACGAAAAUUGAUACCAAACUUGUUUCCAACCCACUCCACAAAUUCAGCACCCCGGGUUUGAUGGGGGAAUUGAAUGAUCCGUACACAAUCCAGGGGGAGGACCAGCAUGACGACAAUGGUGAAUAUCAGUUUACCUAUCCUGUGAGUUCUCUUAAAAGGCUAUAUCGUAUCCAACUAACCUCCACCGAGUGGGAUAAAUGCAGCGCGACCACCAAGUACGGUGUUCUCGACGGGUACCAUGCUGACAUUUGGGCCGAUGCUGGUCAGAACUUUUUGCGAUGCCACUACGCUUUGAAUGAGCAUUCGCGGCAUAAGCCUGAGUCUGGCAACACCGUUCCAACACUACAGGACAUGGUUUACCGACUUUUGACAUACGACUUUGCUGGCUGGGGGGACUUUGCAUCCACACGGUACGUUCAUACUCAUGCUGGAGAUGAUGCAGGCAAUACGGAGGGAGACAAAACGGAGGAAGACCCAAACUAUGCUGGAACAAAAGAUGCAAAGAACACGCUUUCUCUGGAAUCUAUCCAUAACAACGUCCAUUUUCAGAACUGGGUAGGUGGGUCGCAAUUUACUCGCCCUGAUAAUAAUCAGGACCUGGCCAUCUGGGGUUCUGGUCAUAUGAGCAGUGUCUUCAUGGCGGCUUUUGAUCCAAUUUUCUGGUUAUAUCACUGCAACAUUGAUCGCUUGACUGCCAUCUGGCAGGUCUUGAAUCCAGAUCUGUGGUUCAAUGAUGACGACAGUUGUCCCUCCAAGGACAAUGACCUGGUUCCAUUCCACAAAGAUGCCGAUCGCAACUUUUUCAAAUCAGUCUCAGACUCAGACUGUGUGAGGAAGUGGACAAACCUAGGCUAUGAUUAUGAGAUCCUUCAAGGGUCUGCACCUGGUCGGGAAAGACCUAUCGACGAGCUGAAGGCACAUCUCAAGACCCUCUACGGACAAAAGACUGAAGAUAUAUAUCACGAGUUGCCUUUGCCUCAUGGUCUGAAAUCCGAUUAUAUUAUCUCUGCUGUUUAUGACCGAUUCGCCUUGAACGGCUCAGCUUUCAGGAUCAACAUCUUCGUCGGCGAGGUAACCAAAGACGAAUUCCAGGGUCCUGCAUCAAAGAACUUUGUUGCUAGUAUCUACAACUUCAGCGGCAGCUUGUCAGAAGGCAAAUGCGAUAAUUGUACGCAGCAGAAGGAAAAGAACAUCAAAUCUAUUGCCCAGGUUCCUGCCACAGUGGCAAUCCGCCGCUAUGUCCACGAAGAGAAUGAGCGAAAAGGCAUAAAAACCGACAAACAACACAACGAAGAGCCGGGUAUCUACUAUGUGGUAUUGAAUAGUCAGGGCCAGGCGGUUAACGUCCAAGUUACUCUCAAGCUGCAUGGCACUACUGAUACGCAGUACAAAGGCCCUGGAAUUCCAUGGCGUGAUGGAAAGGAGAAUUAUGGAUACAUCAGAGAUGGACACCGAGGAUUUACAACCGUCUAG